GACUUAUGGCAUUUUGAUCAAUGGCUAAUAAACUACAUAUGCAUACCGUCAUUUUUUAUAGCUCAAAAACCGAAUUAAACAUCACUCCCAAGUUUACUGAUAUAUAUAUACAUUUCUAAUAUGAAAGAUGUGAGCUUCUAUCACAACUCUGACUUGGGCCCGCCCACCUAUCUCCCCAAACCAGCAAAAAUUUCCCCACGUCUGACCGCCAAGGCAUCUUAUCAGCACCCCUGACAUCCACCCCCAAGCUUAUCAUUAUCAAAGUUUCGUAAAGCAUAGGAAGAAUGUAGUGUCGGCGAUCUAGAAUAGCGAGAAUAACAUUUUUUUGGUUGCUAAGGCGAGAUAGAAGACGGAUGGAGAAAAUGCCAAGAAGGUGACCGCUGAAGCAAGGUUCCUUAUAGGUUUCCGAGGAAGUGGUUUGUGGGAUUCGCGAUAAGGAAGGGAUUGAGGGUCUUGGACGAAGGUUGGGUCCUUGAAAUGGGGCUCAAAGGAAUGGAAAAGAUGGGAUGGGGUACUUAAAACUUGGGAAAUCCUCCCCCUUAUAUACGGGAACCCUCGAUUCCAACAUAUAUUUACCAUAACCUUAACCCUUCGUACUCAAUCUAAUAGUGACCACACCUAGUCAGCACCAUGAGUGCUCCCGUCUUCAACUCCUCCAUCCCCAAUGGCGGAAAUCCUGAACUCGUAGACGUCAACGCUCAAUAUUCCGGUUUCGAAUUCCACUACACGUAUAUAGCUUUCUGCGGCUUCAUCGUCUGGCUCAUCAUUCCAGGCAUCGGACUCCUCUACAGCGGACUCGCACGGCGAAAAUCGGCUCUUACCUUGUUGUUUCAAUCGCUUCUCGUAGCGGCAGUGACGACUUUCCAAUGGAUGUUCUGGGGAUACUCACUUGCGUAUUCGCGUACAGCUGGACCUUUCAUUGGCGAUAUGGCGAACUUCGGACUCAAGAAUGUGAUGGCUGCUCCGUCCCCAGGUAGUGCAGUGAUUCCAGAGAUUGUGUUUUGUUUGUAUCAGCUACUUUUCUGCGCGUGUACAGUGCAAAUUGUAGUUGGUGGUGCUUUCGAGAGAGGAAGAAUUAUACCGAGUUUGGUAUUCGGGUUUUGGUGGGCAACAAUCGUUUAUUGUCCUAUUGCUUGUUGGACCUGGAACUCUAAUGGUUGGUUGUAUAAUCUCCCUUCAUUGGAUUUUGCUGGUGGUGGACCAGUCCAUAUCGCAUCCGGCUGGUCUGCAUUGGCGUAUGCUCUUGUACUAGGAAAGCGCAAGCACACCGGCGAAAAGUCUCAUGGAAGACCACAUAAUACUACUCUCGUAUUCCUAGGUACAGUCCUAAUUUGGUUUGGAUGGUUUGGAUUCAAUGGAGGCAGUGCUCUAAAUGCUUCCGUCAGAGCGAUGCUUGCUGGAUUCAAUACCAAUACUGCCGCAUGCACCGGAAUGCUUGGAUGGGUGCUUGUCGAUUAUGUCAAACACGGUGGCCGAUUUAGUCUUGUGGGGGCCUGUGAAGGGGCUAUUGCCGGACUUGUGGGAAUCACUCCUGCUGCGGGAUAUGUUUCCGUUUGGCUGGCCGCAGUUAUCGGAUUCAUAACUGCAGUAGUUUGCGCAUUAUUACAGAACGUAAAUGAAUGGCUUCAUAUCGAUGAAGGAAUGGACGUCUUUAAGCUCCAUGGUAUCGGUGGGAUGGUAGGAAGUUUUUUGACUGGAAUAUUUGCAACAUCCUCUAGUAUGUAUCUUUAUCUUUGAGAGUUUAAUGUCCAAGCUAACUCCGAAACAGUCAGUAUGCUCGAUGGAGUAACUUCAGCCUCGGGUGGUAUUGAUGGUAACGGAAUUCAAGUGGGUAAACAGUUUGCAGAAAUCACCGCGAUAUCAGCUUACUCAUUCCUCGUAUCUUGCGCUCUCCUCUAUAUCCUGAAAUUCAUUCCAGGAAUGCACUUGCGGGUAACAGAGGAGGCUGAGAUUCAAGGCUUGGAUAUGGAUCAAUUCUUCGAUGAGCAAAUUGGUGACUGGGCAAUAUUUGAAGAAUUGGAUCAACGAAAAAUGUUGUUAGAGGCAAGCUCGCCUGGAACACCACAAGUACAAGAGGUACAAGACCAGAUAGAGCAAACCAAGAAGGUGUAGAAGAUUAGCGGAGGAUUGGGUAUGUCAAUCAAUCCUAUUUAUUAAAGUAGAACAUCCAUUUUAAUUGGUUUCA